AUGUCUAAUUACUACGGCGCGCCCAACGCAGGGGGCUCGGGCGCAUAUGGAGGCCAGCCCGGCGCCGCGGCGCAGAACCUGAACUUCUACCAAUCGUCCUACUCGGCACAGCCCGUGUCGGGACACACGACGCCCUUCCAGGCGUACAAUGGCGGCGCUGUGUCCAACGCAUACUCUGGUGCAGGCUUCGGCGGCAUGGGCAACAUGGCAGGACCGAGCGGAUUCGGCGGCGCGGUGCCCGGCGUGAGCGGCAGGAUGGGCGAGCAAGGUGGACUGCGGACGGGUUGGCUUGCAGCAUUUGGAACCGAGGGCUACGAGGGCGAGCCGCCGCUGUUGGAAGAGCUGGGCGUGAACUUUGGGCACAUCAAGAUGAAGACUCUCACGGUGCUGAACCCGCUUGCGAGGAUAGACCAGCACAUCAUGGACGACUCGGACCUGGCGGGUCCGAUCUUGUUCUUCCUGCUAUUCGGUACCUUUUUGCUCUUCUCCGGCAAGGUACACUUCGGCUACAUCUACGGCCUGGCGCUGCUAGGUAGUACCUCGCUCCACAUGAUCCUGUCCCUAAUGUCUCCACCGGUCGACCCUGCCACCGCCAGCGCGUCCGGCCACCCGGCGCACCCCACCACCUCGUCGCACUUUUCUUCAACCCUCACGUUUCCCCGCUCUGCGUCGGUACUGGGAUACUGCCUUCUGCCGCUGGUCCUGACGUCGUUGAUCGGCAUCGUCGUGCCCAUGGACGGUCCAUUUGGAUAUAUAUUGACGACAGCGGCCAUUAUGUGGUGCACGUACAGCAGCAGCGCCAUGUUUUGCGCAGUUGGUCGCAUGAGCGGUAUGCGCGGCCUUGUAGCCUAUCCUCUGGGACUGUUUUAUGUGGGCUUUGGUAUCAUGGCAAUCUUCAGCAGCAGGGGAACGGGUGGCUUAGCGGCGAAGACCACGGCUGCGUGA